AUGAUCAAAAAAUUGAUCUUUUUUUCAAUUUUUAUUUUUUUUAUAAAAAUAAAUUUAAUAUGGUGUGGAAUCAUUUCGUCAAGCUCAAUUGAAUCUUGUACUCUCGAUGGUACUGAAUUAGCUGACCAAGAUAAAACAAAUUUAAAAUGUGAUAAAAAAUUAGUAGUUUCACUUUACAUAGAUUCACAAAAAGAAAAUUCAGAAACAUUUAAUUUUCAAGUUAGUGAAAUUAAAGAUGAAAAUGGUAAAUUAAAAACAUUAGUUAUACCAAUUUCAGUAAAAUUUAAAAAAUCAGAAACAUUUAUAAAUUAUCCAUUAGUUUAUGUACAAAAUGUAGCUUAUCAACCAAAAGAAACUGUUAUUUAUAAAACUGAUUAUGUUUUAACUAGUGGUUGUAAAGAUAAACCAACUGAUCAUACAUGUCCAGGUGCAAUAGAUGCCAAUGGUAAAUUAAUUAGAGACAGUCAAGGAUUUUGUUGUAGUUGUUCUUUUUCAGAUUAUGUUGGUGCCGAUCAAAAUUCAAGAGCAAAUUUAGGUUGUUCAUUAUUAGGGUCCAAAUCAUCAUCAGCACAUUGUUUAUCAUUUAGUUCGGUGAAAUAUGAUGUUUAUAAUGUUGCAAAAACUCAAGUUGAAUAUACAAUAACAGCGACAUUAACCUAUAGUUAUAAUCAAAAUCCAAUCACUCAAGAUAUUAUACUAUCAAAUUCAGCUCCAAUGGGUAUGGAUACAUUUAGUCAAGCAAUUGUUAGAAUUAUUGGUGAUUUUCAAUCAUCGACUCAAAUCAAUCAAUUCACUGAUAAGAAAGUGGUAUUUCCCUACAAUCAACCAAAUUCUAUAAACACUUGUAUGGUGUUGGAUCAGAAUUUCUUUGAUUUAUCAGGUUUAACUUGUAAUAAAAUCGGUGUUUCCUAUAGUGCUUUUCAAAAUCAACCCAAUAGUUGUGCCGCUUUAUUUGGUUCUUGUCUUCAAAAUCAAAUUGCAGAUUAUUAUAAUGCCGAUGUUGCAUUGAUUUCCAGUGGUAAGAAGGGAAAUUAUAUAGCCUCUCAAUUGGGUACAAAGGUUCAGAUUGCAGGUAAUCAAGAUUCAAGAUCUUUGAAAAUUAGAUUUGAUGAAUCCCAUAGAACAAUGUUAACCAUUACAUUGAAAGCCGAUUCACUUCAAUAUAUUGUUAAUAUUUCACCUGGUAAAAUUAUAAAUUACCAAAUCGAUAGAUUUGAAUCAAUGUCAAAAAAUGGUGUACUAAGAGUAAACGUCCAAAAUACUGGUACAAUCAAUGCAGACUAUACAAUGACAAUCAUUAAUUGUACUGGUGAUAUUAAUCCUAUCAAUAAUCAACAAGUAACCAUUAAAUCAAAGGAAAUUUAUAGUUUUGUAUUUCAAGUUUAUACUACUUCAAAAUUAGAUUCAUCAUAUCAUUGUUUUGGUGAUUUAUAUAAUGAAGUGGCUCAAGUUAUCGAUAGUAUAAGAAUUAAUUUUAAUACUUCUGAUACUGAAAUUGAUAAUGGUGCUCAAUCUGGUGAUAACUCUUUAGAUGGUGAUUCUUUAAAUAUUGGUUCUGAAUUUACUUGUGAUGAUGUUUGUCCAAAUUUGUAUGUAAUUAAAAAUAAUAAUAAUAAUAAUAAUAACAAUAAUAAUAAUAAUAAUAAUAAUAAUAAUAAUAAUAAUAAUAAUAAUAAUAAUAAUAAUAAUAAUAAUAAUAAUAAUAAUAAAAAAAACUAA